CCUCCCCUCCGAUUUUUUAAAUUCCCAAAAUACCCUUCUCCCUCUCCCCACCCUUCAAAAACCCUCUCUCCUUUUCUCCAAAUCCCCUUUUCCGCGUCUCUCUCUCUCUGUCUCGUCCAUGGAGCAGCAGCAACAGCAGACCGCCAUCCCUCAGAGAAAAGGGCAAAAACGGAAACUGGAGGAGGAAUCUGCAGCAACAGCGGUGGACGAGGACGACGACGAAGAAGACCGAGAGAUCUCAGAAAUCUCCCCCGAUGCGCACCACGCGCUAGCUUGCGAGGUGAGGGCGCAGGUUAAUAUCCUAAGCACCACCUUCUCUUGGAAGGAGCCCGACCGAUCGGCCGCCAAGCGAGCUACCCACGUUCUCGCCGAACUCGCCAAGAACGAGGAUGUUGUGAAUGUUAUAGUUGAUGGCGGGGCAGUCCCCGCGCUAGUGAGGCAUCUGCAGGCCCCGCCACUGCCGAGUUGCGGGCAGAGGCCUUUUGAGCACGAGGUUGAGAAAGGGAGUGCUUUUGCGCUCGGGCUUCUUGCCGUGAAGCCUGAGCAUCAACAACUCAUAGUGGAUGCCGGUGCUUUGUCUGAUCUCGUGAGUCUGUUAAAAAGGCACAGGGAUGUUUCUAACUCUCGUGCAGUCAAUAGUGUUAUUCGGAGAGCAGCUGAUGCAAUCACAAACCUCGCUCAUGAGAACAGCAGUAUCAAAACCCGUGUCAGGAUUGAAGGGGGGAUUCCGCCUCUUGUUGAGUUGCUUGAGUUCACUGAUACAAAGGUACAACGAGCAGCUGCAGGGGCCCUGAGAACUUUAGCGUUUAAAAAUGACGAGAACAAGAAUCAGAUAGUGGAAUGCAAUGCUCUUCCCACAUUGAUCUUAAUGCUUCGAUCUGAGGAUGCUGCUAUUCAUUAUGAGGCAGUUGGUGUGAUUGGGAAUCUGGUCCAUUCAUCCCCAAACAUAAAGAAAGAAGUACUUCUUGCUGGAGCUUUGCAACCUGUUAUUGGGUUACUGAGUUCUUGCUGUUCGGAGAGCCAAAGAGAGGCUGCUUUGUUACUUGGGCAAUUUGCUGCAACAGACUCUGAUUGCAAGGUGCACAUUGUACAAAGAGGUGCAGUCCGGCCACUGAUAGAGAUGCUUCAAUCCCCAGACAUUCAGCUCAAGGAGAUGUCGGCCUUUGCACUUGGGAGACUGGCACAGGAUACGCACAACCAAGCUGGUAUUGCCCACAAUGGUGGUCUGGUUCCCCUCCUUAAGCUUCUUGACUCCAAGAAUGGGUCUCUACAGCACAAUGCUGCAUUUGCUCUAUAUGGUCUUGCAGACAAUGAGGAUAAUGUCUCUGAUUUUAUCAAGGUGGGAGGUGUCCAGAAGCUGCAAGAUGGAGAGUUCAUUGUUCAAGCGACUAAAGAUUGUGUAGCUAAGACAUUGAAAAGAUUAGAGGAGAAGAUUCAUGGACGAGUAUUGAAGCAUUUGUUGUAUCUGAUGCGCAUAGCCGAUAAGAUUGUUCAAAGGAGAGUUGCUUUGGCUCUUGCUCACCUUUGUUCCCCUGAUGAUCAGAGAACAAUCUUCAUUGAUAACAAUGGAUUGGAGUUGCUUUUGGGUCUUCUUGGAUCCACAAACACGAAGCAGCAACAGGAUGGUUCUGUGGCCCUGUACAAAUUGGCUAACAAGGCUAUGUCACUCUCUCCUAUGGAUGCAGCACCUCCAUCCCCGACACCACAGGUGUAUUUGGGUGGACAAUACGUAAACAAUCCUACACUGUCAGAUGUUACGUUUCUAGUUGAAGGUAGAAGGUUUUAUGCCCACAGAAUUGCUUUGCUUGCUUCUUCAGACGCAUUCCGUGCAAUGUUUGACGGUGGUUAUCGGGAGAAGGAUGCGAGAGACAUAGAGAUCCCCAAUAUAAGAUCGGAGGUGUUUGAGUUGAUGAUGAGAUUCAUAUACACAGGUUCAGUUUUUGUUACACUAGAUAUAGCACAGGAUCUGCUCAGAGCCGCAGAUCAGUAUCUCUUAGAAGGUCUCAAGCGACUCUGCGAGUAUUCCAUUGCACAGGAUAUAUCUCAUGACAAUGUCUCGAGCAUGUACGAAUUGUCGGAGGCCUUCCAUGCCAUAUCUCUGAGGCAUACAUGCGUCUUGUUUAUCUUGGAGCAGUUUGAUAAAAUGAUAACUAGGCCUGGGUUCUCUCUGCUAAUUCAACGCAUAAUACCGGAGAUCCGCAGCUACUUUGUGAAAGCAUUUAAGCCUAACCCACGGAGUACCCGGCUGUAGUAGGUGCCCUUGCUGACCUUGGUCUAACUAACACAUUGGAUGAUAACGAUUGUACAGUCGGGUCGUCGUCGUCACGUUGUUAUCGAUGUCUGUCACUGGCGCUAUUUCGAACAAAUGAAAGGGGAAAGUGAGUGAUCGGAUUUGUGUUUUAGUGUAGCGUCUCGUUUGGAAAUGAGGGUCUUGUUUCUGUUACAUUCUCUCUUGUUUCACACCUUUUAAUUUGUUCUGAUUUGUGCUGAUGAGCCUCAUACGUUGUCUUCCAAGCAUUUGGGAAUCUUUGCUGAGGCUUGCAAAUUCAUCUAGGGUGAUUUUUUUGGUGUCUGAAUCACACGGUCAGAUUGAUUGUAGCCCAGUUAUGAAAUUCCAUUAUCUUAGAGCUCUGUUAGCCGCCAGCCAUGGGCUUGCUGAAAAUAGAAUUUCUGCAUAUUGUCAUGCUGAAAUUUCCUUCUCUCAGUUUCAUGCCAUGUUGAGGGAUGCUAUCUUGUAACCCAGUGACAGCAUGCUACUUGUGUAGGAAAUCUGUACUAUUCAAACUGUAUAUGGCUCAUCUGAAGAGGACUGUUGCUAUGUCA